AUGAAAAAAUUUAUUACCUUAUUAAUUUUCUUAACAUUUUUAAGUUAUCGCGUAGAUUGCUCUAACUUUACAUUUCCAACUGCAAUUUAUGGAAAUUUAUCAACUAUAAAACAGUAUGAUGAUGAGACACUUCUAAUUACGACCCAGAAUAUUACAACUGAUGAUUUUAAUCGUGAAAAUAAUAAUAUUUAUUUAUACCUUUUCUUUACGAAUGGGAGUAUCAUUCCGGUUCAAUAUGAAAGUAUAUCUGAUUGUAAUGGUAGUAAUUUUCUAGAAAGUUUCCCAUUAUCAACAAAUUACAUUUUCAUGACGUAUCAAGUUAAUGACAUGUAUCGCGGAGUUGUCAUUGAUUGGCAUGGUAAUUUUAAAUCAAGCCUAGAGUUUUCAUCUGACAAGUACGCGCUAUCUAUACCAAUAUAUAAUUAUUUGCAAAAAGGAUUUUUGAUUGCAAAACAAGACAAUAAGGAUUCAACUAAUCUGACUUGGACUAUAUACGAAUUCUCCAAUGAAGAAAAGAUUACACAAGGUUCAAAUGGUACUAUUUACGCAGAUGAUGAAUAUACUAUUUCAAAUUUCCUAGGGUUUAAUACUAUUGAUGGUCAUUACGCUGUUGCAUAUUCUGUGUUUAACGUUAAACAAUUGACCAAUCAUGAUAAUUCAUCAUACAAUUCUGCAGACCCAGUAAUGUCCAUAUAUGUAAAUAUCAUUAAAGAUGGUGUAUAUCAACAAAUUUUGAUUUUUCAGUCUUAUGAUAAGACUUUAAGAUCAUCAAAAAUAGUUAACUGUCAUUCAGGCUAUGCCUCACGUGAUAUACAAAGUAGCAUUUGCUUUAUAUCUUUAGUAUUUCAUUCUCGAAAUGAUAAUCCUUUUAAUGUUAUAAAAUUUAUUAAAUUUUCAACAUCUGGCUCCGUUAUUCAUACGGGCACAGCUAAUACUGCUUAUUUAAAAAAUAAUUCAAGAAAUGUUCACUCCAUGAUUACUCCAUUAAAGUACGGUGGCUAUCUUUAUUAUGACGAAUUUAAUCGAUCUUUGGGGUUCAUUUGCAAUAAUGAUAAAGACUGUAAGUCCUUUGAGAUUUCAGCAGAUGCACAAGAACAUUAUUUAUAUAAUUCUAGUGCUAGUUAUGGAGUUUUCAGUAAUAAUACUGUUUGGAUUACAAUGGAUAGUAUUUCUUCGCCAAAUUGGUAUAUUAUUACAAAAGAUGCAGACUGUUUGUUUGAGAAUUAUGGCUUUAAUAAUCUGGCGGUUUUGUCUACCCAACCAGAACAAAAUAGUACUUUAACAUCACUAUCAACUUAUGAGAAUAGAAAUAUUACUAUUACUUUCUUCACUCCAAUUGCUUUAUCUACUGGAAAACUUACAGUCUUUCAAGUUAUUAAUGAAUCUGAUUAUUUAUUACGCCAAAUUAGUCCUGCAUCAGAUUGUAAUGUAAUGCAAGCUACAAAUACUACAUCAUGCAAUGUUUUAUCAAGUACAUUUAAUAGAAUAAAUAGUACAUACGUUAUAACUGUAGAUGAUAAUUUCGUCAAAACAUUAUCAUUUGAUGAACCAUUAACUGGAAUCAGACGAGACAUUUGGCGAGUCAAGACUCCAAAAUAUGCCAAUAGAUUAUAUAUGACAGGAAAUGUUCAAUCUGACUCUUCUUGUUCAAAUAUUUUAGUUGAGUUUUCAGUUAUAAAAGCAACGGAUUUUUCAAAUGUGCCAAGUGUAUUGGAUAUAAUUAAUGAUUUGGAUGAUAUGAUUAAAAAUAAAGACACAAGUGCUCUUUCUGACAAAAGUUAUGCAAAAUUUUUGGAUAGUAAUUAUGGUUUUCAACCUCAAGUUAGGGUUAAGUUAUUUGCUGCAAUUAUAGCAAUUAUUUUGCUACUUACUAUUUAUUUAUUUGCUAAAAGAAAAUAUCCAGAGAGUAAUAACAAUUUUAUAUUCAAGAUUGUUUUAAUAAUAUUUGACUUUAUUCUUGAUAUUUUAUUUGUUGUUAAAAAUGGAAAUGAUAUCAAAGAACUUUUUGUCCCAAGCGAAAUUCAAACUAAUUCAGAAUUUCGUGAUUGGUUUGUGGAUAAUAUACAGAUUGGGUCGAUCUGCACAUUAUUAUCUUGCCCUAAUGUUGAAGCUUUAAAUAUUUUACGCUCAAAAAUUGCCAACCUCAAGUUGUUUGCUGCCCCAUUUUCAGAUAAAGCUGAAAAACGAAUUUACUAUGGUACAAUUAUUAACAUGGUUAUUGAAGAUAUUCCUCAAUUUAUCGUUCAAGUACGAACAGUACGCGGUUGGAGUAUUAGUAAAGAAGAAUUUAAUCAGACAGAAAAUGUGACUAUUGUGCUAAAGGUUCUUAAAGAUUCCUUAACCAUUGAUUCUGCAUUUUUAAGAGGUAAAGAUAGAAUUUUAACUAUGUAA